CUUCACUUUCCUCCACCUUUAAUAUGAUUGAUCAGCGAAUGGAAAGGCAGAGGAGCAGGGCGAGCACGGAGACAUCUUCACCUUUUAAAUUUAACCUGUCUUCCAUUUCUCUCCUGAUUGAAUUUAAACUCAAACGAGCUUGAUGUGAGCAAGGCAGGGGGGGAACCAACUCAAAAAAAAAAAAAAAAAAAAAAAAAAAAUCACUUCUUUUUCCCUUUUCUCACCCUCACAGUGCACUUCUCCACUACAUCACCUUUAAUUUUUUGUUGUUGUUGUUGCUUUUUUUUUUUUUUUUUUUUUUUUAAUUUUCUGGUACCUCCUUGGAUACUUUGGCUUACAGCACGGCUUCACCUGGGCACGUCUUUUCCUGAAGUCUCACCAAACGACACCAAGAUUCUCUUCUGCCGACUUUAACGCGCGUCAGGGCACACAAAAGCAAAGAAAAGAACAGGACAGACAAACCCACCGACAGGGAAAAGCAAAAAAAGUUUUUUCUAUCGCGUAAAGAAGCGUUAAAGUUACACAAUGAGUCUCAAAUCAGAUUCUGAGCCGAACAACAAUGUAUCAUUAGAGGAGGAGGUACGAACACUUUUUGUCAGUGGUCUGCCGGUAGACAUCAAGCCGCGGGAGUUGUACCUGCUGUUCAGGCCGUUCAAGGGAUAUGAAGGAUCACUUAUAAAACUAACCUCAAAGCAGCCUGUUGGCUUUGUUACCUUUGACAGCAGGUCUGGGGCCGAAGCAGCGAAAAACGCAUUAAAUGGGAUUCGCUUUGACCCGGAGAACCCCCAGACACUGCGUCUGGAGUUUGCUAAGGCUAACACCAAGAUGGCGAAGAGUAAGCUGAUGGGCACGCCGAACCCCUCAAGCCUGCACCCAGCUCUUGGGGCUCACUUUAUUGCACGUGAUCCAUAUGACCUGACUGGCGCAGCACUGAUCCCAGCAUCCCCAGAGGCAUGGACACCGUAUCCGCUCUACACCACUGAGCUAACCCCUGGCCUGCCCCACGCAGCCUUCACCUACCCUGCAGCCGCUGCAGCCGCCGCUGCCCUGCACGCCCAGGUGAGGGAGCAACCGAUGCGCUGGUACCCCUCGCCCUCUGACACUUCACAGCCCGGAUGGAAAUCCCGCCAAUUCUGUUAAAUGUAUAAUAGUGCCGCUCAGUACAUGUAGUUUCGUCCCUCCAUCCCUCCGUCCAUCGGUCCCUCUCAGUAAGCUGUACUGGGCUCAACAUGUAAUUCAGUCAGGUAUAUUUAACAACACAGUGUAUAAAUGACUUUAUGAUUCAGGAGAAUACUCUUCUCUGAAGGACCCUGAGCAUAAAAAAUAAACCCAGGAUGUUGUCCACAGCUGAGGCCUCAUGGGCUAAUGGUACAGUCUCCACUUUUCAAAGCCACACGUGACGAGCCAAUCAUGUGCAAGUUGAAAUUUUCUAGCUGCUCUGUUAGUUGUGUGUGUUUAGGGGGGAAAGGGGAUAAUCAUUAUGCAUGUUGAAGUAUAGUAUAUGGCAUGAAAUGUAGAAUGCAAGGUUGUGUCUGUCUUCUUUUUUUGCCAUUUGGUCAAGCCCUCUAGCUUCUUGCUUCUGUGAAGAUCUCGUAUUUGACACGUAUGAUGUUACUCGCAAGGUAGAGGUCUACAUCUUGUUACUAUCAAGUUUCCUUUUGUUUUUGUGUGUUCAAAAUCGAAUUCCACAUGCACUGGGUUAUUUUUUUCUGUUCUCUAUGAUUGUGACUGUAAAAUUGUCCAUGAUGGACGAAUCCUUCUGAGACGCUUCUCCUCAAGACCUCAAAUGCAUCGCCCCUGCUCUGGUAUCUGUGCUUGUUUAGAGUAUAUUUGAACAAAAAAAAAGUACAAGUAUUUUUGUACAUUUGUGUAAUAAUGGAUAUUUAUGCAUUUUUGUGAAAUUAAAUAAGUAUAUCUGUAUAAGAUGUUAAGUCUACCCUUGUGUUAUUUUGAUGAUAUUUUGUCUCUAUCUUGUUUGAAGUAGAUAAGUGCAAUUUUUUUUCUUUUUUGUGUGUGAUGAAUACUGACCUACCCAGACUGUGGCCGAACUGAGUUUAAUGAAUGAAAUGGUCUGCUAAGAUGAGAUGUUUAAAAAAAAAAAAAAUAAUAAAAAAAAAAAAGUGGAAAUGUGUUUUUUUUUUUUUUUUUUCUUUUUUCUUUUUUCUUUUUUCCAGAAUGUGAAACUGGAUAAUAAACAGCUUGAUCUGA